AUGCAGAAUCUGUCUGAACUUCCAGGCAAUGCGACAUCGCACAGGAGCAUGUCUGGGAUUGUCAAAGUGUGCGUGGUCAUCCCCUUCUUCUGUGUCUUCCUCUACUGGAUUGUGCUCAUGCUGCACGUCUUUGCAUCACACAGGCAGUUCCUGGAGAGCUCGCGUUACAUCCUGUUUGCCUACAUGCUGAUCAAUGACACCAUUCAGCUCUUCUCCUCUGUGCUGCUCUUCCUCCUUGCUAUUAACAAGGUGCAAUUUGCCAUUGUCUUCUGUGCCCCCCUGCUAUUCCUCUCUGUUGCCACUUUCCAGAACACCCCCUUGAUCCUGGCUACCAUGUCGCUCGAGCGCUACGUGUCCAUUUUCUAUCCCCUGCAGCGCCCAGCUGCCUGGCACGCAGACCAUAUCUGGGUAAUCAUACUGUCCCUAUGGCUUAUCAGCUGUGUCCUCCCUCUUGCUGAACUUUGCCUAGGGGAACCUAAUCUGGCUGUGGAUGUCCUCUCUACCCCUAUGCUUUGCAAAGCUGUCGUCCUCUACCCAUCUCCCACCCAGACACUAGUCAGGGUUUCCCUAAAUUGUCUCUUUUUUUCGGUAGUUGCCGUCAUCAUAUUCUUCACCUACUUGAGGAUCCUGGUAGAGACCAAGAAGCUGAGACAGGGCAAGGAGUCAGCCAGCAAGGCCAUGCACACAGUGCUGCUGCACGGCUUUCAGCUGCUGCUGUGCAUGAUGGCCUUCACACACCCCAUCACCGUGAGCCUCAUAGUGCUGCACGCCGACUGGCAGCCGGAGGACAUUGCCUUUUUCAACUACUUCUGUUUCAUUCUCAUACCGCGCUUCCUCAGCCCGCUCAUCUACGGCCUGCGGGACGAGAGUCUCAGAGGCUACAUGAGGAGAGCUGUUUUCUGCUGCUUGCACAGGGCCACAGUCAGAGCCAGUGACAAGCUGCAGGUCAACACAUCUCGUGCUUUAACUGGCUGA